AUGGAGAUGUUCAGCACCCUCAUCCUGGUCACCAGCUCUCCCGGCUGCACUGUGGGCAGAGAGGGACAAGGAGCUCCCUACCUGGAGCCUGGCCUCGCCUUCAGAGAAUUCGCCAUGUCAUGUGCGAAGCCUGCAGGGGCCGGCUCUGAGGGCUGGCCAUGUCCUCUGGCCGAGACUCAGACCCAGUCCAACAGGGUGGCCCAAAGAGACCUGCAGAGGAAGGGUGUGGGAGCUGAGGCCCUGAAGACCAGAGGAGACGACGGAGGCGGGGACGGCGGCGCGGCCGGGAUGUUGGGGCAGUGGGCCGGGGCUCUGCUAGCCCUGCGCGCGCUGCUGGCCGCCGCGCACCCACAGUGCCUGGACUUUAGGCCGCCCUUCCGGCCGCCAGGCCCGCUGCGCUUCUGCGCGCAGUACUCGGCCUUUGGCUGCUGCGCGCCGGAGCAGGACGCGGCGCUGGCCCGGCGCUUCGGGGCCCUGGCGGCCCGCGUGGACGCCGCGCUGUGGGCCGCCUGUGCCGGCUACGCGCUGGACCUGCUGUGCCAGGAGUGCUCGCCCUAUGCAGCCCAUCUCUACGAUGCAGAGGACCCAUCCACGCCCCUGCGCACACUACCCGGGCUGUGCGAGGACUACUGCCUGGACAUGUGGCGCACGUGCCGUGGCCUCCUCCGCCACCUGUCAACUGACCCUGAGCUCCAGGCGCUCGAGGGCAACCGCACCAGGCUCUGCCGCCACCUGUCCCUGGAUGACACCGACUACUGCUUCCCGCGCCUGCUGGUAAACGACCAGCUCAACUCCCACCUGGGCCGCGUUCGCGCCGACGCGCGGGGCUGCCUGCAGCUGUGCCUGGAGGAGGUGGCUCACGGGCUGCGCAACCCGGUAGCCAUGGUGCAUGCUCGGGACGGCACGCACCGCUUCUUCGUGGCUGAGCAGGUGGGGCUGGUGUGGGUUUACCUGGCCGACCGCGCGCGCCUCGAGCGCCCCUUCCUGAACAUCAGCCGUGCCGUGCUCACCUCACCCUGGGAGGGCGAUGAGCGCGGCUUCCUGGGCCUGGCCUUCCACCCGCGCUUCCGCCAUGCCCGCAAACUCUACGUCUACUAUUCCGUGGGUACCGACUUCCGGGAGUGGAUCCGCAUCAGCGAGUUCCGGGUGUCCGAGGAUGACGAGAACAGCGUGGACCACAGUUCCGAGAGGAUAAUCUUGGAGAUUGAGGAGCCAGCCUCCAACCACAAUGGGGGCCAGCUGCUCUUCGGGGACGAUGGCUACCUCUACAUCUUCACCGGGGAUGGCGGAAUGGCUGGAGACCCCUUUGGAGUGUUCGGGAAUGCUCAGAACAAGUCGGCGCUGCUGGGCAAGGUGCUCCGCAUCGACGUGGAGCGCCCGGCGCGGGGCCCGCCCUACCGCGUGCCCCCGGACAACCCGUUUGUAGGCGAUGCCGCGGCGCGCCCCGAAGUCUGGGCCCUGGGCGUGCGCAACAUGUGGCGCUGCUCCUUCGACCGCGGCGAUCCCGUGACUGGUGCUGGCCGCGGACGCCUUUUCUGCGGUGACGUGGGCCAGAACAGGUUCGAGGAGGUGGACCUGGUUCAGCGUGGCCGCAACUACGGCUGGCGAGCCCGAGAGGGCUUCGAGUGCUACGACCGCCAGCUGUGUGCCAACGCGUCCCUCGACGAUGUGUUGCCCAUUUUCGCUUACCCUCACAAGCUGGGCAAGUCGGUCACGGGGGGCUAUGUUUACCGUGGCUGUGAGAACCCCAACCUGAAGGGCCUCUACAUUUUUGGGGACUUUAUGAGUGGGCGUCUCAUGUCCCUCCGUGAGAACCUGCACACUGGCCGGUGGCAGUACAGUGAGAUCUGCAUGGGCCGCGGGCGGACCUGCGCCUUCCCGGGGCUCAUCAACAACUACCACCCGCACAUCAUCUCCUUCGCAGAGGACGAGGCCGGGGAGCUGUACUUCCUGUCCACGGGUGUGCCGAGUGCCACGGCGGCCCAUGGUGUUGUCUACAAGGUGGUUGACCCGUCACGGCGAGCACCACCCGGCAAGUGUCAGAUCCACCCUGCACCAGUGCAAGUGAGGAGCCGCCUCAUCCCCUUUGUGCCCAAGGAAAAGUUCAUCUGGACUCCGGGGAGCACCCUGAGCCCCACGGUGCGCACGCCCACCAAAGCACCUCGCCGCAGCCGCCCCACGGCUCCUGCACCUGUGCCCACCCCACGGCCGAACCGCCCCACCCCGCGGCCAAGCCACCCCACCGGACAGCCAACCCAUCCCACCCGGAGGCCAGGAGGCCGGAGGGGCAGUGGGCGACGGCGUGGACGGCCAAGCACAGCAGGCCCAAGGCCCUCAGACGGCGCAGUGCGCUUGGUGCGGCCCGUGGGGCUGAGCCCCGGCCGCGGCCGCGUGGAGGUGUUCACGGGUGGCCGCUGGGGUACUGUGUGUGACGAUGCCUGGGACAGCAAGGCCGCGGCUGUCGUGUGCCGCCAGCUGGGCUUUACCCAAGUUGUGCGUGCAGCCAAGCGCGCCGAGUUCGGCGAGGGCCGCGCACUACCCAUCCUGCUGGACGACGUGCGCUGCACAGGCUCUGAGCGCACCCUGCUGCAGUGCACACAUGCCGGCGUGGGCUCGCACAACUGCGGGCACGAGGAGGACGCGGGAGUUGUGUGCAGCCAUCGAGACCCAGACUUGUAAGCAAAGCGCUGCUGUGCGGAGGGGCUGCCCCUCUCGAGCUCUUCCGCCCUGUGCGCCUGGCGCUGCGCUGAAUCCGAAGGCAGAGGCCGGCAUGGGUGCGCCUAAGAGGUGGCCACUGUGUGCUGUGCUGCUGCAUCCAGGUGAGGGGCGCAUGCCUCCUGGGGCCCCACCCCGCGAGCCCGCCGCAGACCCUGCCAGUGCCUGCGCUGGGGCAGGGGGGCCUCUUUCUACCUUCCAGUGACCUGGAAGCAGCAGGAGUGCAGUCUGGCCCUGGACCCCAAGGACACUGGGCAGCCACCCUUCAGGGGCAGACAUGGCCCCUGGUGGAGAACAGAGACACAGUUGGCAGAUUGGAAGAGGGGCCCGGCCUGCCCCGCCCUGGACAGGAGUGGAAGGUGCCCCACUGGCUGUGCAGCCAGACAUGGGAACACAGUCCUGGGAGCUGGCGAGAGCAGGAGGGCACCUGGAGCUGAGAGAAGCCAGGUUACCUGGUGGCUGUGGCUGCCCACCAGAAGGCCAGGCUACCCAAGAGGAAGCCAGCGCCCAGCAGGGGACAGCUGGCUGGACAGCAGGAGGUCUCUGGGGCCACCCACCAGCAAUGUCUCCUGGUUCCCUGGACCUCAAUGUCAUGCUGAGCCUGUGUGACAGCCCUGGUUGGGGCAGAGCUUCCAGCAGCCUUGCUAGCACCCAUGGGCAUGGGGGCCUCACCACCUUCUGGGCUGUGUUGGCACCCCUGGGCCACCUCUGUCACCUCCAUCCCCACCCCUACUCUGGAGUCCCAGGGAUGCUAAUACUGCCAGCUCCACUUAGGGACCACCAGGCUCUGGGGCCAGUGAGACAGUGACACUCACCAGUGUUGUGCCGCAGAUGUGACUGUCCCCCACCCCCUCCAGUCUCUUCUCUGCCCAGCUGGCCUGGGGUGCAAGGAGAGGGGUGGGGGAGAAGGUGACUUGGCCUGUAGCUCCAUUUUUCUUGCUGGCAAAAGUUUUCUUGCUUGUGAGGUCUUCAGCCCAGGCCCUGAGCCAGGCCACGGGGACUCAAGGACAUCAGGGUCUGGGUAGGUAGGUGAGCACACAGGUCCCGUGCAACAGGCGGUGACAGUCACCUGCAGGAGGAGGCUCUGCCUGCAAGGAGUUCUGGGUAGAACUGGUCCCAGGGCAGUGAGCCUGGUGCAGGCCUAGUACAAGAAAGCUUAGGGGUUGUCCUCGAUCAAAUUUGGAGGCUGGGAGUUCCUGGCUGUCAAUGACUGAGCUGUUACAGAAAUGAAAGGACAAAGAUCAGGGCAUGGGAGAAAGCUGUACAGCUGCUAGCAGGAGGCUGGUGGCAGGUGAACCGUGUCCCCUGCCCCAGGGCCAGGCAUCCUCCUGCAGCACCGAUCAGGGAGUGCAGUAAGUGCCCUGGGGUGACCCAAGGGAGCAGUGCAGUGCAGGGAUUCUGGGCCGGCCACUAAAUGAGGGCACUGAUUGCUGCAGGACCCCUUGAGGUUGGGAGUGACAAAGUCCUUUUCCAAGGUGGCGUCAUCGACACAGGGUGCCCUGCCAGCUGUGGGAGGGGUCAAGUGUCCCACAAACCGUUUUUUCAUUGAUGAACUCUACCUCCUCCCUUCUGUUUUUGGGCCCAUCUCAUUGAACUGGGGAUCUCUGGUCAUCUGCCUGGUGCAUGCCUGGUUGGUGGGACCCAGCCCCUGUGGCUCAUCUGUCCCCUAGCAUUGCACAUGGAGGUCACCAUUAGCACUGUCAUUGAGUGUGGACCGAGUGUGGGGCUCAUCAGUCCUCAGGAAUUGCAGUGGGGGAAGCAGAGGUCAAUUUCCCAGCACAGGAGGAGGAAGCCAAGGCCGAGCUGGAGCUGAAUCUGCUCUGGAGCAUGCUUUCCACUAGCCCAGGGCUGCUGCACCAGCCCGGAGCCCCACCUAGAGCAGCUGUCAGCUUGGGGGAGCAGAGCAUGACCCGUGGGCCUCCCGGCACCUGGGGCUGCUUGCAUGGCAUCUUUUAGGAGGCAAGGACAUGCUGGAGCCAGCAGGGCCCUCAGGAGUGGGGGGUGGUUCUGGAGGCCAGGUCAGCACAGUGACCCCACUUGCUAGCCCCAGCAGCUGUCCCUAGAGAGCUCUGGGCAACAAGACAGCCUCCUGCCCUCUGGACAGUGCGCCUUCCUGGCAGGGUGCUUCCCCUCCCUUCUUCCGUUCCAUGUUGCUU